CAAGAAUAAAGAGAAUUAUGAUGAGGAAGGGUGGGGCCUGAAGGCAGGGGAUAGUGCCCCCACAACUGCUUGGGUCUGAUCAGGUGGUUGGCCCCCUUGGGGCACCCAGAAGCUCUUCAGUAUGUGCCUGCGCUUCAGGGAUGACGAACCUAGCCAAGUCAGCCCUGAAGGACCAAGACGGCCACAUCCUUCAGAAGUCACUGCAAAGCAGUCUAUAAAUAAACGUAUUCAGGACAUGCAAAACAUGAAGAAGGAGAAGAGGAGGUUAAGUAAACGAUUCUCAAGGCCUUCUCCUGUUCCAGAACGAGGACUGCUGUGGUCUUGAUAAAGCUGGAAUCUAUAUGGAAGAAACCAUGUACCAGACUAAAUAUGUGGCCUUCUAACAUCCAAUGGCAUGCCAUGAUUUGACUUCGUAUGAAAAAUAAAAGCAAUACUCAGCAAUUUCAGCAAAAUAAACAUGGUUCAAGCAAAUUUAACAUACAA